GCGAGUAACUUUAGGAUUCGCGCUAGCACGAUCGGCGGCCGCCCACCCAAAGAGCCAGGCCACGCCGUCUCGUCCCGCAGGCGACGCGGCGACUCCGAUCACCACCGCGGCCCGCCGUCCUCCUCCCUUCAGCUGCCGCCGGCGCUGGGGCUAGCCUGCCGGGGAGCCAUGUCGCGGUCAUUGAGCAUGAGGGGGAGCAUGAGGUCGCGCCGCGACCUGCCUCCUCCCGAGAAGACGAUUGAAAGGCUUGAGGCUAUGGUGGAUGGCGGAAAUUUCUAUGAAGCUCAACAAAUGUACAAAUCAACCAGUGCAAGGUACAUUGCUGCUCAGAAGUAUUCAGAAGCCUUGGACAUCCUUGAGUCAGGCGCUUUGGUACAGUUGAAGCAUGGGCAGGUUACUUGUGGUGGUGAACUUGCUGUCCUCUUUGUUGACACCCUUGUCACAGGAGAGCUUCCAUAUAAUGAAGAAACUUUUGGUCGUAUCAGAAAGAUGUACGAGGCAUUCCCCAAGAUAUCUGUUCCACAUUUCCUUGGAGAUGACUAUGAUGAUGAGGGGCAUCAAUUAUCUGAAGCUAUUUCUGCUGCAAAGGCGCGUGCAGAGAGUUGUUCAUCAUUCCUGAGAGCUGCUAUCAGGUGGUCUGCUGAGUUUGAGGCAUCAAGAAAUGGUUGUCCUGAGCUGCACGUUAUGUUAGCAGAAUACAUAUAUUCUGAAUCUCCAGAAACGGACAUGACUAAAGUCUCGAGUCAUUUUGUGCGUGGAAAUGAUCCAAAAAAGUUUGCCUCUAUGCUGGUGAACUUCAUGGGCAAGUGUUACCCUGGUGAAGACGAUACUGCAAUUGCACGUGGGGUCUUAAUGUACCUAUCUCAAGGGAACCUAAGAGAUGCAAAUUUACUUAUGGAUGAGAUGAAGGAACAACUAAAAUCUGCUAACUCGGAAUUUCCGAAAACAGAUCUGAUUCAGUUCAUCAAGUAUCUGUUACCGACGCUUGAAAGAGAUGCGUACCCGCUUUUUAGGACACUUCGACAGAAGUAUAAGACAAGUACAGAUCGUGACCCUGUUUUUGAUGAGUUGCUGGACGAAAUAGCUGCAAAAUUUUACAAUAUCCAGCGCCAGAACCCUCUAGAAGGACUUUUCGGUGAAAUGUUCAAGAUAUAAUUCAUGAGGAAAGAAUUGGCUGAAAUAAUACAAUUGCUGCAAGGGCAGCUCUUGUUCCACCGGAUGCGCUUCCUCAAUCAUCAAUGUCCAAGGCCAUACAUUUAGCAUCUUACUGCAUGAAGAUAUAUAUUCCUGAUCACCUGUAAAAUCGUCAAUUAGUCUCCAUUGUUCCUGAAUUAUGUGUAACUGAAUUUUGUUUUCUAUUACCUUUUUUCUGUUUUCCUUUUUGUUGUCCUUGCCAUGUUCAUUUUCGGAGAUGUAUCUUGUGUAGCCCACAUUCGAUCAAAAUGAUAGCUGAUUUAUGUCCAUUGAUUUUAA